CUCACUGGCCGUCGCUGAUCUCUUCGGGAAGCAAUUGAAGGCGGCGUUAAAGUCCGCGAAGAUAGUUCGGCGAACAACAAGGGUACCCAUCUGACGAUUCCGAAAACUGCUGCCGGAAAUUCGAAGAAGUUAAUUCCAUCUCAGAUUAGUUUUCUGUGAAUUGAGAGGUAUGUUCUUCAGUUAACUUGCGACAAAGGAGCAUAUUCAGCCAGCACAAGUCCAUUAAAAAACCAGAAGAAGAUGUUAGCGAAAGCGGAGAAGAAGAGGAAGCAGAAAAGAAGCGAUGUUGAUACGAGCGAGCAUUCUCAAGCUGCUGUUAAAGCUGCUUCAAACGAGAAAAGCAAAGUAAAGAAGGAUAAAUUGAUGAAGAAGAAACCUAGGAUUGUUGAAAGGAAUAGUUCUCUGGUUGAUGUUCAGGUUGCCAAACAGAUGGACAAUGAUGUUCUGAAAAUACAAGAUGGUUCAAAUGAGAAAAGCAAAGUAAAGAAGGAUAAAUUGAAGAAGAGGAUGAAGAAGAAACCUAAGAUCGAGGAAAGGAAUAGUUCUCCGGUUGAUGAUCAGGUCGACGAACAAAUGGAAGAUGAUCUUACAGAAAUAGAAGGUAAUGGUGUUCAAACUCAUAAAGGGUCUGAUGAAACUGCAAAUGCAGUUGCUCCUGAUAAAGGGACAAAGAUAAGAAACCGCAAAUCCAAGAAAUCGAAUAAGAAGAAAAGGAGGGAUCCUACAUCUUUGGACGCUAAUGAAAACUACCAAGGAAAGACCAAUGAAGUGGAAGAAGACGAAGUUUAUCAGAUUUCUUCAGGCGAUGAGGAUUGCUCGAGAGGAAUGAAAAAAUGGGUCACGGAUUACUAUACAAGUAGACCUGGUUUGAAAGAGUUACAGAAAAGAAUCGAUGACUUUAUAAUUGCUCACGAAGAACGCCUCGAACAGGAGAGGAAAGAAAGAGAAGCUAAAGCGGAAGAAGGAGGAUGGACGGUGGUCGUGCAUCACAAAGGGAGGAAAAAGACAACGGAUUCUGAAUCUGGAAUAACGGUCGGGUCGGUUGCUCAGGCGGCUGUGGAGGACAAGUUGGCCAAGAAGAAGCAGAAAGAAACAGUUGCCCCCGAUUUCUACCGUUUCCAGAAACGCGAAGCUCACCGCAAUGAACUCAUGGCGCUUCAGAGCAAGUUCGAGCAAGACAAGAAGAGGAUACAACAACUUAGAGCAGCUCGUAAGUUUAAACCUUAUUAGAUAUGCUCUCAAAGGUCCUAGUGCUUUGAUUCGAAUCUUUUGCAUUUUGUAAUUGACAUUUUCGUUUUAAAUGUCACGGUUUUGUAUCCAUUUAAAAAAAAAUAGAUUGGUCUCUUUUUU